AUAUUCUUUAUUGACUCACCCAUCUACAUAUAUGUAAUGAUCAUAUGGUGAUUCGAGUGAGACCUCUUGAACUUUGUAGAACUAUAAACGUUAUUCGACUAAAGUGCGGAUUGAACAUUACUGCAAAAUUGAAGUGAAGACGAGUGAAAAAAGCAAAGAAAAAUGGAUGAAUCUAAUAAGGAACUACAAUCAGGAGAUAUAGGAAAUGAAGAACUUGACUUUGGAUAUAUCUUGCAAUAUUUAUUGGGAAAUAUGAUGAAUGAUCAGGCACAUCGAUUCUUUGGUGAAAUUCUCCAAAGUAUGCAGGAAAGUAACCAUAUUGGGGACAGUGUGGACCAUACUGCCGACAUAACUGCUAAUGCACGCUCCAUUGGCGUCUAUAUGACCAAACGUGGAGAGAAUUUGGCAUUUAUAGAACCACAUAUGCCAAGAGAAUCUAAUAAGGAGUUACAAUCAGGAGAUAUAGGAAAUGAAGAACUCGACUUUGGAUAUAUCUUGCAAUAUUUAUUGGGAAAUAUGAUGAAUGAUCAGGCACAUCGAUUCUUUGGUGAAAUUCUCCAAAGUAUGCAGGAAAGCGACCAUUGUGGGGACAGUGUGGGCCAUACAGAAUGACACGAACUGUUGGUUGAGUGUAUCCAACCCACAGCAAACUCUUUACGCAUCUACCUAUGCGUAUUGAAAUCAAAACUCUUGUAUUUACCCUACAUGAAUCCUGAUGGCGGAUCUAACAUGAGCCGUAAUUUCACAUUUACUUAAAACUGAGUUUCUAACUUAUUUCAAAUGUUAUCUCCUUAUAAGGGUGAGUUUUUAGAAUAUUUUUUAUGAAUUAAAUAUUUCUAUUUUAAUCCUCCAACUGUAGAACGUCGUUGUGCAACAGUGCGUAUACGCAAUAUCAACCGUUAAACGAAUAUGGACGUAUCUGUAUACAUAUAACAGCAUUAAAAAUAUUUACUAACCAAUAUUUCAUAUGUAACGAUUUGUAUUCAGUCAAUAAAUAAUAAAACAAAA